AUGUUGAUUUGCGGCCUGAUCCUGCUCUUUUUCGUCGUCUUGGUCGAUGCCGGUCAUCCUCUCUGGGAGUUCUCAACUAAGAUUAAGCGUGCCGUUCCGUUUGAUCUCAACCAGGAGAUCACUACAACCUGGCCUGCCGGUUCUGUUAUAUACUGCUGGGAAAGUCAAGAAGCGCGGGAUUUACUUAGGUAUCACUUUCUCCAGGCUCUUAACCUGUGGUAUGCGGCUGGACUACCCGAGGAGCGGUUUCAAUUUCACGAGGUCCCAAUAGAGGACUGUAUAAGAGACCGCCGCAAUACGCUAAUAAUCUAUCAUCAACCUGGGUCUCUCGAGUUCUCAACAACCGUUGGUAAAUAUGUCGGUCCUAAUAGUGAGCUCCUUCCAGGGCCUAUUGCCUAUUUCAAUGAUCAAAGAGAUCCCAAUGGCAAGAAAAUUGGAACAAAUACUCUUCCAGAAAAAAUCGCCCAUGAAAUCGGUCACAUCUAUGGCUUAUAUCAUGAACAUCAAGCCCCCUUUUUUUGGCGUGGUUCUCCUGUAUUCAAGGUAAAUUGCCAGAAUAUCGAAGGAUUUGAUGAGUGCACUGCGCGUUUGACCUUUGACCAAAUUUGGGGUGAGAAUGGGGUAUGUCACAAUCGCCACGCGGCUCUAGAGGCUGAUUGUGUUCACAUUGCUCAAUCCCUUCCAAUUAACGAGCUCUACCACUAUAUCCCUCAUCCUGAGCGUGGGCGUGAUCGUGCGCCACAGUAUGAAGAUGUGGACUGGAACUCAAUUAUGCUCUACCAUAGCUACGUGGCCACUAAACGGGACCAGGCAGAGGUUACUCAGAUUACUUUAAGAAAAGUACAGGGUGGUACGAAUGGUAUGAACUUCAGGAUCAAUAUCAAACGUGCUCCUAGUCAAGGGGAUGUUCAAGCGUUAAUUCAACUCUACGACGCCUCAGCGCAGCGACGGCUUUCGCGCCUCUAUCACGACCCGCGCAGCGAAUAUCAUACCGCAUUCCAGAAUUUGCAGAAUUUCCAGGUAUGCGAUUGGCCCCAGCCUGGGCCCAGUGGGGGGUGA